UUUUNUAGAGUUAUUUGCGGGCACGAUUGUCUGUUUUUUUCCCCGAUUGGCGAUUCUUGUGUCUUGUAGAAUUUUUUUAUUUCUUGUUUUCUUUCCCUAAUUCUUUUAGGACAUCUUUGAGGUAGGUCUCAAUACGUAUUCUUGCGUCCGUACCUGGUACGGGUACUCUAGUGAGCAGUGUCCGUGCUUCCCAGCCUUUUCUUUUUUUUUUAUGCAACUGCUUGGAAAAUGGGCUCCAAAGGAAGGGUGCUAUUUGAUCUUAAUGAACCCCCUAUAGAGAAUGAAGAUGAUAAUGCUGGUGUUGUUUCCUUCCAGCCUAAGAGGGCCAUUCCUUCAGCAAGUACUCCAGCAGCUGAUUUAUUUGUGGCAGCUGCUGGUCCCCAAGGGAUAGUAAAUAAUCAUGCUUUUUCCCAUGCUUCUUCUGUAUCUGGUUUCCAACCUUUUGUGAGGUCAAACAUUGUUCCAGGAUCUGGUACUUCUGCUGCUGAAAAGAAGAUGCUUUCCGAUUCUCACUCAUUGCACAUAGCAGGUGAUGCUAUAGAUAUGAAAGAUGCCUCAAGCCUGCAAUCUGGUCCUGUUGAUGCUCCUUUGGUCAUUGAGAAGGAAGAGGGUGAAUGGUCUGAUGUGGAGGGCUCAGAAGAUGAUAAUGGUAUAAUAAAUGGCGGUGGUGUUCAAGAAGUUUCAAGCGAUAAACCAUUGCUUGAGAAAGGCAUGACUGAGAUGAUGGAAAGUAUUGUUGGUGAUGCGAAGAAUGAGAAUGAUAGCCUGAUUCCAGAAACAAGUGACAAGAAAGCUGAUAUAACUGCCGAUUGCGAGGAAGAUGUGGCUCCAGUGCCCAAACAAAGGGAAGUGAAAGGAAUUGAAGCUAAUCAUGCAUUAAAGUGUGCAAAUAAGCGUCCUAAGUUUGACCAGCAAAAGGAAGCAAUGCUGGGGAAGAAGCGGAGUAGGCGGACCGUGUUUCUCAAUUUAGAAGACGUUAAGCAAGCUGGUGCUUUGAAGUCUUCAACUCCCAAAAGGCAGAUUCCUGCUCCCACUGUAACCCGGACUGUUAAAGAAGCUCGUCCCAAUACAGAAUCCGGAGAUAAGCAAACUCAGCAGCCUGUUGUAAGUAGGGAUCCAAAGCAGGUCGAUAUACCCAGCAGUGAAGAAUAUAAUUUGGAGUCUAAUGAGUGUAAAUCCGAGAGCAUUGGUGACAACAGCUCCGGGCCUUCGGGUCCUUUCAGAAGGUUGAAUAGCUUGAUGGAUGUCUCUUCCGAAGGACAAGCACCGCCUGUUUCUAGACAAAGUUCAUGGAAGCUGCCUCCCGAUGCAAGGCCUCUUAAGAAUUCACAAUUCUCUGGUAAGAGGCCAGCUGUUAGCAGUCAGAGUUCGACCGACCCUAAAAUAGCCAUGAAAAAACUACCGUCCAAGAAGCAAGCUAUAGCAAACAAUCCGUAUCAAGAUUCAUCAGUGGAGCGUCUCCUGCGUGAGGUGACAAAUGAGAAGUUCUGGCAUCAUCCAGAGGAGGAGGAGCUCCAACGUGUUCCUGGUCGUUUUGACUCAGUAGAGGAGUAUAUCAGGGUAUUUGAGCCUUUGUUGUUUGAAGAAUGCCGUGCACAGCUUUACAGUACCUGGGAGGAGUCAUCUGAAACCAUUUCCAGUCAUGUUAGGGUGGGAAUAAAAAGCAUAGAACGUCGUGAAAGGGGAUGGUUCGAUGUGAUACUAAUUCCACCGCAUGAAUACAAAUGGAAUUUUAAAGAAGGAGAUGUUGCAGUUCUUUCAUCCCCUAAGCCUGGAACAGCCAAUAUUAGGAGGGGCAGUUCCUCGGCUAGAGAUGAUGAAAAGUCGGAAGUUACGGGGCGUGUUGCUGGGACAGUGAGGAGGCAUAUACCCAUUGAUACACGAGAGCAUACUGGGGCGAUUCUUCACUUUUAUGUUGGGGAUGUAUACGAUUCCAGCAGCAAGAUUGGUGAUGAUCAUAUUCUGCGGAAGCUUCAACCAGGGGGCGUCUGGUACCUAACUCUGCUUGGUUCUCUUGCUACCACACAGCGCGAAUAUGUCGCUUUGCAUGCUUUUCGCCGUCUUAACUUACAGAUGCAAAACGCGAUUCUGCAGCCUAGUCCUGAUCAGUUCCCGAAAUACGAAGAACAACCUCCCGCAAUGCCCGAUUGUUUCACUCCAAACUUUGUCGAGUAUCUUCACAGGACUUUCAACGGACCCCAGCUAGCCGCAAUCCAAUGGGCCGCUAUGCAUACAGCCGCUGGCACAUCGAAUGGCGUGACCAAGAAGCAAGACCCAUGGCCUUUCACGCUAGUUCAGGGGCCUCCCGGCACUGGCAAGACCCACACGGUUUGGGGAAUGCUUAACGUGAUCCAUCUCGUCCAGUAUCAGCACUACUACACUGCACUCCUAAAGAAACUCGCACCCGAAACCUACAAGCAGGCCAACAACGACAACUCUUCUUCGUUAGAUAAUGCAGCAGUUGGGUCGAUAGACGAGGUCCUCCAGAGCAUGGACCAGAAUCUAUUCCGAACCCUUCCUAAGCUUUGCCCUAAGCCACGGAUGCUCGUCUGUGCUCCUUCGAACGCCGCAACUGACGAGCUGCUGGCUCGGGUUCUCGACCGCGGAUUUAUCGACGGCGAGAUGAAGGUUUACCGGCCAGACGUCGCCCGAGUUGGCGUGGAUUCCCAGAGCCGCGCAGCCCAGGCGGUGUCUGUAGAGCGAAGGACUGAGCAGCUUCUGAUGAAGAGCCGUGACGAAGUUCACGGGUGGAUGCACAGCCUCAGAAUGCGCGAGAAUCAAUUGUCCCAGCAAAUCGCUUGCCUUCAGAGAGAACUCAAUGUUGCUGCCUUGAGCGGACGUGCUCAGGGCUCGGUUGGCGUCGACCCGGACGUCCUCAUGGCGAGGGACCAAAACCGAGACGCGUUGCUUCAGAACUUAGCGGCCGUAGUCGAGAACCGGGACAAGAUACUUGUGGAGAUGUCUCGGCUGCUCAUCUUGGAAGGUAAGUUCCGCGCGGGUGCCAACUUUAAUCUGGAAGAUGCUCGUGCGAAUCUGGAGGCGAGUUUUGCGAACGAGGCCGAAAUCGUGUUCACGACAGUGUCAAGCAGCGGGCGUAAGCUCUUCUCGCGUCUGACUCACGGCUUCGACAUGGUUGUGAUAGACGAGGCGGCGCAGGCCAGUGAGGUGGCGGUGCUUCCUCCGCUUUCUCUCGGCGCUGCCCGUUGUGUCCUUGUUGGGGAUCCUCAGCAGCUCCCGGCUACUGUGAUUAGUAAGGCGGCCGGGACUUUGUUGUACAGCAGAAGCCUUUUCGAGAGGUUCCAGCUGGCGGGGUGCCCGACCAUGCUGCUGUGCGUGCAGUACAGGAUGCACCCACAUAUACGCGAUUUUCCUUCGAGGUAUUUCUACCAAGGCCGUCUUACGGAUAGUGAGAGCGUGGUUAAUCUUCCGGACGAGCUUUAUUACAAAGAUCCUCUGCUGAGGCCGUAUGUGUUUUAUGAUGUUACCUACGGUAGGGAAUCUCAUAGGGGGGGAUCUGUGUCAUUCCAGAAUACGCAGGAGGCGCAGUUUUGUGUGCGUUUGUUCGAGCACUUACAGCGGACGGUGAAGUCGAACGGGAUUGGGAAAGUGACUGUUGGGAUAAUCACGCCGUACAAGCUGCAGUUGAAAUGCCUGCAACGGGAGUUCAAGGACGUUUUGAAUUCCGACCAAGGGAAAGACAUUUAUAUUAACACGGUUGAUGCUUUCCAGGGCCAGGAACGGGAUGUGAUUAUAAUGUCAUGUGUGCGUGCAUCAAAUCAUGGGGUUGGGUUUGUUGCCGAUAUUCGUAGGAUGAAUGUUGCUCUUACUCGUGCCAGGAGAGCUCUCUGGGUCAUGGGAAAUGCAAAUGCACUGGUCCAAUCUGAAGACUGGGCUGCAUUAAUUGCUGAUGCUAAGGCAAGAAACUGUUAUUUGGACAUGGAUUCUCUGCCGAAAGACUUUGUUCCCGAGUCAUCUACUUAUGGUACGUUUCCAAAGAUUUCUGGUGCAAGGGGGUUGAGACCUGGGCAAAGAUAUAGAUCACAUGAUCAGCAAUUGGAAUCACGGUCUGGAACGCCGUCAGAAGAUGAGGAAAAGUUGAAUGUAACAAGCAUCACCAGGAACGGAAGUCAUCGGACAUUAAGGCUAGGACCAGAAAAUCCAUCUGAUGAUUUUGAUCCGCCUAGUGACAAAUCUCGGGAUAUUUUGCAACAUAAUAGCAAUCAAAAUAAUAAGCAAAAUGCUGCUUUGGGUGUGUUGGGAAAGCGAGAUCCAUAGCGCCUUGUCAUCAUCUUCCCCCUUUCGCCUUUUGAGAUGGUCGGCUUAUCUGCUGCUGGUCUUAAAAGGCUUACUGAAGAAGCACCAUCCCAUGCUCGAGCAUAUGAUUUGACUGUUUAAAGAAAAAAAAGAUGUUAACUUGGGGACCUGUUGGUAUACUUGGGCAAAAGGAGUUUGAGCAAAUGCGCCAACUUCUACACAUCUUGACAAAGAUAACGACUUUAGGGUUUGAGGAAAUUUGAGAAAAAUGAGGUUCCCUACUCAGCUCGCUAACAGAAUUUCUUGGAUAAAUUGGGGGGAAGGAAAAAAAUGUCUUUAACAGCAGCAAGUUAAGUUGCCGCUUGGAGAAUUUGAUAUUCCUUUUGCCACGACAUCAAGACCUUAUUUUAACUAUUUUCAAAAAACUGCAAUGGUGCAGUGUCUGGUGGGCAGUAUUUACUGCAAUGAUAGGCAUGACUAUAUUUGUCUGGUUUGGCCUACGUUUAGGUCUAUUUGUGAGAUUAUUGACGGCUUUUUAUAGCAGCUCUUCUAAAUAGGCCAGGAAAAGAACUAUGGGAUGUGAUUGAAAAAAAUACCGCCUGCACUAGGUUGAAGUAUAUAAUUCCUAUCACUGAACAGAUACAGAAGGUCCAGAAGAUUAUCAAUUUUUGACUGUUUUUAUCUUAAGAAGUAUGUCUGUUUACAGGUCUUCUGACGUGAAGUAGGAAUCAUAUAUUUUCAAUAAAAAAGUUCAUACUUUGCUUGAGUGCACACUGCUUCCUGGUGUAGGUUGUAUUUCUACUAGUCUGAAAUGGUGUUUCUGUUAUAUUGUUGGUUUAGAAUGAGGAGGAGUUUCUAAUAAAUAUUGUUUAGUAUUGAAGCUCUUUUUGGCGUCUUCUUGUGGAUCUGAGUUUUCACUAAUUUGCAGGAGAUCUCUNAAAAAAAAAAAAAAAAA